CGUGAUGCAGCCGGCGUGUCGUAGACACCUCCUUCUCCAAGAUGGCGUCUCUGCUGCAGUCGGAGCGGGUUCUGUACCUAGUCCAGGGAGAGAAGAAGGUCCGGGCCCCUCUCUCGCAGCUCUACUUCUGCCGCUAUUGUAGCGAGCUGCGGUCGCUGGAAUGUGUGUCUCACGAGGUGGACUCCCACUAUUGUCCCAGUUGUUUAGAAAAUAUGCCAUCAGCUGAAGCCAAACUAAAAAAGAACAGGUGUGCCAACUGCUUUGACUGUCCCGGAUGCAUGCACACGCUCUCCACCCGGGCAACCAGCAUCUCCACACAGCUUCCAGAUGACCCAGCCAAGACCACCAUGAAGAAAGCCUAUUACCUGGCCUGUGGGUUUUGUCGCUGGACAUCUAGAGACGUGGGCAUGGCAGACAAGUCUGUGGCUAGUGGUGGUUGGCAGGAGCCUGAAAACCCUCACACUCAGCGGAUGAACAAACUGAUUGAAUAUUACCAGCAGCUUGCUCAGAAAGAGAAGGUGGAGCGAGAUCGCAAGAAACUGGCACGGCGUAGAAACUACAUGCCUUUGGCUUUUUCGGACAAAUACGGUCUCGGAACAAGGCUUCAGCGACCACGAGCUGGUGCGACCAUCAGUACCCUUGCUGGACUUUCCCUUAAAGAAGGAGAGGACCAGAAAGAGGUAAAGAUUGAGCCAGCUCAAGCUGUAGAUGAAGUGGAGCCUCUACCUGAAGACUAUUAUACAAGACCAGUAAAUUUAACAGAGGUAACCACCCUUCAGCAGCGCCUCUUGCAGCCUGACUUCCAGCCGAUCUGUGCUUCUCAGCUCUACCCUCGUCACAAACAUCUUCUGAUUAAACGGUCCCUGCGCUGCCGGAAAUGUGAACAUAAUUUGAGCAAGCCAGAAUUUAAUCCAACAUCUAUCAAAUUUAAAAUCCAGCUGGUUGCUGUCAAUUAUAUCCCAGAAGUGAGAAUUAUGUCAAUUCCCAACCUUCGCUACAUGAAGGAGAGCCAGGUCCUCCUGACUCUUACAAAUCCAGUGGAGAACCUCACCCACGUGACACUGCUGGAGUGCGACGAGGGGGACCCCGAUAAUAUCAACAGCACUGCUAAGGUGGCGGUGCCCCCCAAAGAGCUUGUGCUGGCUGGCAAGGACGCUGCGGCUGAGUACGACGAGCUGGCUGAGCCCCAGGACUUCCAGGAUGACCCUGACAUUAUCGCCUUCAGAAAGGCCAACAAAGUGGGUAUUUUCAUCAAAGUGACCCCACAACGUGAGGAGGGCGAAGUGACCGUGUGCUUUAAGAUGAAGCAUGAUUUUAAAAACCUGGCAGCCCCCAUCCGCCCCAUGGAGGAAAGUGACCAGGCCACUGAAGUCAUCUGGCUCACGCAGCACGUGGAACUCAGUUUGGGCCCACUUCUUCCUUAAGAGGUCUCACUGGUGGGCAGAUUCCAAAGGACGGUAUCACUACAAACCCGUGUAAAACGCAGAAGCUGCUGUUUCAUUAGGCCUUGUGUAUUACGAUGUACCCAUGCACUAUCGAAUCCUGUUCCCAGGAGGGAGGGGCCAGGCGCGGCCUUGGAACACGGGGGAACUGCUGUUCCUCUUGCUCUCACUCUGUUAGCACCAGUAAAUCCUGUCUCCCUCACUGAGCCCUGCACGUUGACCAACGACAGCACAGUUCCAUCCCGAGAAUGGGGGUGGCGUUAGAUUUACACUUGAGAAACUUGACAUACUGUCUCCUGAUCUGACCACACAGAGGAUCAUACUCGCAGAAGAAACCUAAAAUGAUUACUGAAAGGAAGACCUGCUGGUCACGAUCUGACAUUGGCCUCAGUGUACCACCUGCUUUCUGCGUUCCAUUAGAUCGAACCUAGCAGUCUAAACGCGUCCUUUUGCUCACCAUCGUGGCUCCCAUCAUGCCAGAGACUUCCAUUUGACAAAAAUAGAACUGCCACAUUGUCUUUAGUUUCGUGAUGAUUGGAAAACCCUGAGAAGUUUUAAGGCGUUCUCAUUUGCCCUUUUCUGAGUGAAUACUUUUUUUAUUGGUUGCUCUUAAAAUUUUUCCCCAACAGAAUAUGGAACUUUUUUUUUUUUAAGAAUUUGAGAAGUGGGCAUUUACAUGUCAUGUCAAGGGGGCAGCAAAUUUCAUUUAUUUUUAAGUGUUGCCACAGUAUCCAGGGAUUAAUCCUUCCACGGGGAGGCAGUCUUUGUAUGUCUUACUCCCUCCCCUUCUCUGCUCUGCCUCUUAAACUCAAUAGAUUGUUCUGAGUAUUCGGGACCUGGAAAGAGCCCAAAGAAAACUGGUGGACAAGUUCACUUCUGGAAUGCAGAAAACACUUCAAAGGUUAGGUUGUUAGCAUGAUCUGAACUAAUGUUCUUUCCAUUGAUUUGAAGGGGAGAUGAACAGUUAUCUCCUGAACCCAAACUGGAUAUGAGGACAGAGGACCUUCCCCUUCCUGAGUGUGGCUGUUACUAUGUGUGUCAAAUGAGACCGUGUCAAUUGUAAACCGUAACGCAGCUCAGCGAGUAGCCCCGAACACUCGCUGACAGCACACGUCGCAUCCUGGAGUUGGGUUGUUCACUUAAGUUUUGUGAUGUUCUCUAAAAGGAGGCUUGACAGAGUGGACCACCAGCUGCACCACCACAUUUUCUGUAAAUGCCUGUCAGCAAGCUGGAGGCUGGUGAAAGGAGAAGUUUCCUGUUCACCCUGGUUUCGUUUUUAAGUUCAAACCUUGAGUUUAAAAAGAAACAAUUAAGAUAUAUAGUAAUCUAGAAAUAUAGAUAGGACAUUGUAUCUUGUCAGCUCCCCUGGAAUAUUUAGGAAGCCUUUGAAAGACACUAAGUGAUAUUCCUAAAGUCAAGCCAAUUUUGUGAAAUAAUGUUCCACAGAGUAAUAUACAUGCUACAGUGUUAAUGUAAGGUUUAACCUCUUAAAACUUGAGGCAGAGGUUGUGUAAUUACAAAUUUGCAGACUCUAGAAACAGUUUAAUUUGUUGUGAGCCCACAGAGUGUCAAGUUAGUUUUUAUUUCACUACCUGGUAGAAUCGACUGCAAGGCCACUGCUCCCAUUUGCCAGUGGAGGAAAGGGCACCACUGUAGAGAAGAAGUUUCCACGUUCGCAGGGACCGCACGCACUCUCUGCAGCACACUCAUGGCACCUAGCCGGUAUUGGUUCCCAAAAGGACUACUGUUGAAGGAAUGGGUUUUGUCAUCCCCUGUGACACACAAACACAAAAACACUUUUGAUCAUAAAAUUUGUUUCCUUCAGAAGCCAAAUUAACUGGCAGAGUGACAGCCAUUGGUUUAGUACAUUCUCAAGAUAGUUUUCAAUGCAAGCUGGUGUUCUCUGUGUUAGUGGAAAUGGUGCAGCACCUGCAGCUGGUAAAUUUGAAGUUUAUUUGUUGCUUUUGUGUAUUAGAUGAGGUGCAAGAUUUGUAAUGCAUUGUCGUUGUGCACCAGUGCAGGCCAAUUAGAGGUCAUUAGCACUAGAGACUACAGUUUGGGAACCUAAGACGAAAUUAAUUUGGAUUUGUGAUUUGAUUAGCCCACCAAAAUUUUAUUGAGUGUGCUUGUAGGCGUAAUGAGCUAAAUGUCAUGCAUAUUUGUGAAGAAACCUCCUUUUUGGUUCCUUGUCGGAAUAAGAGGCACUCCUUGAUCUUUAUGAAUUACAAAUUCCUGUUUUGCCUUACUGCUUAACUUAAUGUAGUCAAAUAAAGCAGACAAAGCUUGAA